AUGCCACCUGUAAGACGAUCACGAAGGCUCGCACGACAAGAUGUGGAAGAAGAUGGCAGACCGUAUGAUUGUUUCAUCUGUUUAACGCAAAUCAACGUCAAUAUGCACAAUGCUACAGCUACACCUUGUUGCCAAAGACGCAUACAUCGCCGGUGUUAUCAAUCUCACGUUCAUACAUCUGAUACGUGUGGUCUUUGCAGAGAACCUUUUACUGUCCAUGAGGCGCAAGCUAUGGCCGCAAUAGCAAACCCAGAACCGGAACAUCCAAUUCGUCAAACAGAUAUGGAACUCCGUGAACAGCAAAGGCAACAAGCGAUCCGCGAUUUGGAAGCGUUGUUACAACCAGGAGCUCUCGAAGCAAGGAUUGAACAGGUAUGU